UCGCAGGCCGACUAGCCCGAAUCAGGCAAAAGCGCUUAGGCGCCAGCCCCAGUCCUGCGACGACACCUCCUGAUGCCUGGGGGCACGGAUCCCCCCAACCCCGGCCGAGGGGUGGCCCUGGCGCUGGGAGGUAGGGCUGAGGCUGCUGCCCCCAAAUGCGAGAGCUGGCGCCUCCGGCCACGGGGCAGGGCACGGGGUAGGGAAGCAGCGCGCCUGGCUCCCCGCUCCUACAGCCGCCCAACUGGCCCAGCCAGGUGGCAGCGAGCCCUGCUGCUGCCACCUCACCCUGGAGCCUGCCUGCUGCUACCGCGCCCGUGGAGGAGAUGGGGAGCCGGACUCAAGCACACCUGUUUCCGCACCUCGGGUCACGGCCUGAGCCUUGCCGCCCUGGACAAUGCCCCCCACAGCCAUCCUGUGCCCGUCACCACUGCCCCGGGAGACGCCUCUGCUGCUGCCCUUCGCUGCGGGCCCCGCGAUGGCGCCCCGGCCUCCGCUGGGCGCCCACCUGCUGCUCGUGCUGCCGCUGCUGUGCCCACCGCUCGCCCCGACGCGGGCACACCGCUUCCUGGCGCCCAAUACCACCCUCAACCGCUUGGCGCUGGCACCAGGCCGGGGCGCCCUCUACGUGGGCGCGGUGAACCGCCUCUUCCAGCUCAGCCCCGCACUGCGGCUCGAGUCAGUGGCCGUCACAGGCCCGGUCCUCGACAGCCCCGACUGUGUGCCCUUCCGGGACCCGGCCGAGUGCCCGCAGGCCCGGCUCACCGACAACGCCAACCAGCUGCUGCUGGUGAGCGGCCGGGCCCGGGAGCUGGUGGCCUGCGGGCAGGUGCGGCAGGGAGUGUGUGAGAAGCGGCGCCUGGAGGACGUGGCGCAGCUGCUGUACUGGGCCGAGGACCCCGGCGACGGGCAGUUUGUGGCCGCCAACGCCGCGGGCGUGGCUACGGUGGGCCUGGUGGUGCCCGGGCCGGGCCGGGACCUCCUGCUGGUGGCCAGGGGCCUGGCGGGCAAGCUGUCGGGCGGGGUGCCUCCCCUGACCGUGCGCCAGUUGGCUGGGCCACAGCCCUUCUCCAGCGAGGGCCUGGGCCGCCUGGUGGUGGGCGACCUCUCCGACUACAACAACAGCUAUGUGGCGGCCCUGGCUGGCGCCCGCUCGGCCUACUUCGUCUUCCGCCGCCGCGGGGCCCGGGCACAGGCCGAGUACCGCUCCUACGUGGCUCGGGUCUGCCUGGGGGACGCCAACCUCUACUCCUAUGUGGAGGUGCCCCUCACCUGCCGGGGCCACGGCCUCAUCCAGGCCGCCUCCCUCGCCCCGGGCGCCUUACUGGGGGCGUUCGCUGCCGGCCCGAGGGGGGCGCAGGCAGCCCUGUGCGCCUUUCCCCUGGCCGACCUGGACGCGACCAUGGAGCGGGCCCGGCGCCUUUGCUACACCACAGGCGGCCGGGGCCCCAGCGGCAUGGAGGAAGCCACCGUGGAGUACGGCGUCACGUCGCGCUGCGUCACCCUGCCGCCCGACUCCCCCGAGUCAUACCCCUGUGGCGAUGAGCACACCCCGAGCCCCAUUGCGGGCCGCCAGCCCCUGGAGGCGGGGCCUCUGCUGCAGCUCGGAAACUCCAUCAGCGCAGUCGCAGCCCUCCGGGCCGACGGACACACGAUAGCGUUCCUGGGGGACGUCCAGGGCCAGCUGCAUAAGGUCUUCCUCAAUGGCACCCGAGGCCAGGUGUACCACUCACAACAAGUGGGGCCCCCGGGCUCGGCCAUCAGCCCCGACCUGCUGGUGGACAGCAGCGGCAGCCACGUCUACGUGCUGACUUCCCAGCAGGUGGACCGCGUACCCGUGGCAGCCUGCCCCCAGUUCCCCGACUGCAGCAGCUGCCUCCAGGCCCGGGACCCCCUGUGCGGCUGGUGCGUCCUGCAGGGCAGGUGUACCCGCAAGGGCCAAUGCGGGCGGGCAGCCCAGCCCAACCAGUGGCUAUGGAGCUACGAGGACGGCCACUGCCUGCACAUCCAGAGCCUGCUGCCGGCCCACCGUCCCCGCCAGGAGCAGGGCCAGGUCGCCUUGUCUGUGCCCCGGCUGCCCACCCUCACCGUGGACGAAUACUUCCACUGUGCCUUCGGGGACUAUGACAGCUUGGCUCACGUGGAAGGGACCCACGUGGCCUGUGUCACCCCUCCCCAAGACCAGCUGCCGCAUAACCCUCCGGGCACAGAGCACAUCACCUUGCCCCUGGCCCUGAUGUUCGAGGACGUGGUCGUGGCUACCACCAACUUCUCCUUCUACGACUGCAGUGCCGUGCAGGCCUUGGAGGCGGCUGCUCCGUGCGGUGCUUGUGUGGGCAGCCUCUGGCGGUGCCACUGGUGCCCCCAGAGCAGCCGCUGUGUGUACGGGGAACGCUGCCCGGAGGGCGAGAGGACCAUCUACAGUGCCCAACAGGAGGACAGCCAGGUGCGGGGCCCAGGGGCUUGUCCCCGGGUCGAGGGCCUGGUAGGCCCCCUCCUGGUGCCUGUGGGCUGGGAGAGCCGUUUGGCCCUGCGCGUGCGGAACCUUCAGCAUUUCCGGGGCCUGCCUGCCGCCUACCACUGCUGGCUGGAGCUGCCCGGAGAACUGCAGAGGCUGCCGGCCUCCCUGGAGGAGGUGGCCGGGGACGCCGGCCUCAUCCACUGCCAGGCCCAGCAGUUCCAGCCCUCCAUGGCCCAGCGGGAGCUCCCAGUGCCCAUCUACGUCACCCGGGGCGAGGGCCAGAGGCUGGACAAUGCCCACACUCUUCAUGUGACCCUGUACGACUGCGCUGUGGGCCACCCCGACUGCAGCCACUGCCAGGCAGCCAACGGGAGCCUGGGCUGCCUGUGGUGCAGCCACGACCAGCCCACCUGUCGCUACGGGCCGCUGUGCCCGCCUGGGGCUGUGGAGCCGCUGUGUCCCACACCCAGCAUCGACUCGGUUGAGCCCCUGACCGGCCCCCCUGAGGGUGGCUUGGCCCUCACCAUCCUGGGCUCCAACCUGGGCCGGGACUUUGCCGACGUGCAGGACGCCGUGAGCGUGGCUGGCCGGCCCUGCAGCCCUGACCCCUCUCUCUACCGCAUCUCUGCCCGGAUUGUGUGUGUGACAUCUCCUGCUCCCAACGGCACCGUGGGCCCAAUCCAAGUGGCCAUUAAGAGUCGGUCACCGGGCAUCUCAACCCAGCACUUCACCUACCAGGACCCCGUCCUGCUGAGCCUGAGUCCCCAGUGGGGCCCCCAGGCAGGGGGCACCCAGCUCACCAUCCAUGGGCAGCACCUCCAGACGGGAGGCAACAUCAGUGCCUUUGUGGGCAGCCAACCCUGUCGUAUAAGGGAGCCAGUGUGUCCUGAGGCCAUCGUGUGCCGCACCACGCCCCAGGCCAGCCCAGGGGAAGCUGUGGUUCGAGUGGUCUUCGGCCGUGCCCAGCGCACGCUGCUCGCCAGCCCCUUCCGCUACACCGCUGACCCCCAGCUCGUGGCGGCGGAGCCCAGCGUCAGCUUCCGGGGGGGUGGGCGGCUGAUCCGAGUCCGGGGCACGGGCCUGGACGUGGUAGAGCGGCCCCUGCUGUCCGUGUGGCUGGAGGCCGCGGAGGAGACGGCUGCGGCGCUGCAGCCCCGGGACCCGACCCCCAGGAGGAGCUGUCGGGCCCCCGCCGCGGCCCCCCAGGCUUGCACCCAGCUUGAGGGGGGCUGGCUGCAGUGCUCCACCGUGUGCUCCGUCAGCUCGCCCAGCCUCCUCCUGUGCCGAAGCCCCGCCGUGCCGGAGGGCGCGAGCCCGCGGCGCGUCUUCUUCGCCCUGGACAACGUGCACGUGGACUUCGCCCGCGCCAGUGGCGGCCAGGACUUCCUGUACCAGCCCAACCCCCGCCUGGCCCCCCUCAGUGGCGCCCGCCCCUACCGCCUCAAGCCAGGCCACAUCCUGGACGUGGAGGGCGAGGGUCUCAACCUGGGCAUCAGCAAGGAGGAGGUGCGCGUGCACAUCGGCGACGGCGAGUGCCUGGUGAAGACGCUCACGCCCACCCACCUGUACUGCGAGCCGCCCCCGCGGGCCCCGCAGCCCACCAACGGCUCCAGACCCCCGCCGCAGUUCGUGGUGCAGAUGGGCAACGUGCGGCUGCCGCUGGGCCCCGUCCAGUACGAGGCUGAGCCCGCGCUCUCUGCCUUCCCCGUGGAGGCCCAGGUGGGCCUGGGCCUGGGCGCGGCUGUGCUGAUCGCCGCCGUGCUCCUCCUGACCCUCAUGUACAGGCACAAGAGCAAGCAGGCCCUGCGGGACUACCAGAAGGUUCUGGUGCAGCUGGAGAACCUGGAGAUCGGCGUGGGCGACCAGUGCCGAAAGGAGUUCACAGACCUGAUGACGGAGAUGACUGACCUCAGCAGCGACCUGGAGGCCAGCGGGAUCCCCUUCCUGGACUACCGCACGUAUGCCGAGCGCGUCUUCUUCCCCGGGCGCGGCCACUGCCCGCUGCAGCCUGCCCUGGAGGGGCCCGGGGAAGAGGGCCGCCACGCGCCGGUGCGCCAGGGCCUCAUGCAGCUCUCCAACCUGCUCAACAGCAAGCUGUUCCUCCUUACGCUCGUCCACACCCUGGAGGAGCAGCCCAGCUUCUCCCAGCGGGACCGCUGCCUCGUGGCUUCGCUGCUGUCCCUGGCACUGCACGGCAAGCUCGAGUACCUGACCGACAUCAUGAAGACGCUGCUCGGAGGCCUGGCUACCCAUUACGUGCAGAAGAACCCCAAGCUCAUGCUGCGCAGGACGGAGACUAUGGCGGAGAAGCUGCUCACCAACUGGGUGUCCAUCUGUCUCUACGCCUUCCUGAGGGAGGUGGCUGCUGAGCCGCUCUACGUGCUCCUCCGGGCCAUCCAGUACCAGGUGGACAAGGGCCCCGUGGACGCCGUGACGGGCAAGGCAAAACGGACCCUGAACGACAGCCGCCUGCUGCGGGAGGACGUGGAAUUUCGGCCCCUGACGCUGAUGGUGCUGGCUGGGCCGGGGGCUGGUGGGGCUGCAGGUGGCAGCGCGGCGCAGCGCGUGCCCGCCCGGGUGCUCGACACGGACACGAUCACCCAGGUCAAGGAGAAGGUGCUGGACCAAGUCUACAAGGGCACCCCCUUCUCCCAGAGGCCCUCAGUGCACACCCUAGACCUCGGUGAGAACCCACCCCUCCUGCCCCGCCCGAGGCUCUUCUCACCUGUGGCCACUCAGCUCUGCCCUACGGGAACGGGCUGUGGGCUGACCGGCUUCCCUGGGUCCCCCCAAGAGUGGCGCUCAGGCCUGGCUGGCCACCUAACCCUGUCGGACGAGGACCUGACCUCGGUGACUCAGGACCGCUGGAAGAGACUCAACACCCUACAACACUACAAGGUCCCGGAUGGAGCCACGGUGAGGCUCAUCCCCCAGCUGCACAACGGAGGCGCCGUCUCCCAGAGCCUGGCCCCGAGCUGCCCCUCUGGGGAGAACAUCCCCAUGCUGGAGGACAGUGAGGAGGGUGGGGUCCGCCUCUGGCACCUGGUGAAAGUCACCGAUGAGCCAGAAGCAGCCAAGGCCCGGCGCAGUAGCCUGAGGGAGCGGGAACGGGAGCGGGCGCGGGCCAAGGCCAUUCCGGAGAUCUACCUCACCCGCCUGCUGUCCAUGAAGGGCACGCUGCAGAAGUUUGUGGACGACGCCUUCCAGGCCAUCCUCAGCGUGAACCGGCCCGUGCCCAUCGCUGUCAAGUACCUGUUUGACUUCCUGGACGAGCUGGCUGACAAGCACGGCAUCGAGGACCCGGAGACCUUGCACAUCUGGAAGACUAACAGCCUACUCCUGCGGUUCUGGGUGAACACCCUGAAGAACCCACAGCUCAUCUUUGACGUGCGGGUGUCGGACAACGUGGACGCCGUCCUCGCCGUCAUUGCCCAGACCUUCAUGGACUCCUGCACCAUCUCGGAGCAUAAAGUGGGCCGGGAUUCCCCCGUGAACAAACUGCUCUACGCCCGGGAGAUCCCUCGCUACAAGCAGAUGGUGGAGAGGUACUACUCCGACAUUCGCCAGAGCUCUCCGGCGAGCUACCAGGAGAUGAACUCGGCUCUGGCCGAGCUCUCGGGGAAUUACACCUCCGCUCCCCACUGUCUGGAAGCUCUGCAAGAACUCUACACCCACAUCCACAGGUACUACGACCAGGCUGCUACUGACACGGAGCCAGGGCAGGGCGGCCGGUGGGCCGAGGGCCAGGGCCUCAGGCGGGGCGGCCCCCUCUGCCCUGGUAGAUCAUCAGUGCCCUGGAGGAGAACCCUGCGGGCCAGAAGAUGCAACUGGCCUGCCGCCUGCAGCAGAUUGCCGCCCUGGUGGAGAACAAGGUGACUGACCUGUGAGCUCGGCAACAGCAGGAUCUGCCAUCUCAACGCAUUCUCCCCCGCGACCCAGGAGGAGCCCAGGACGGAGCCAGCGACACAGGCGUGGCCGGCAGAGAGCGGGAGGGGCUCCCUGCUGCCUACCACCCCUCCCCCCGCCCCCUCCGCUUCCCUCCUUCCCCGCCUGGGCUUCUAACUUAGAGCUAUCCUUUCCCCCUCCCCCUUCCCCACUGUAUUUAUGUGCUUGCUGGGGCAUCACAUCUGGAAAUAAAAAUGUCUUUUUA